AUGGCCAGUCACUCUUUGCCUGAGGCACCGCGAGACCUCUCCGAAAUCGCCAAACAAGAAGAAUCUCUCAUCCUGCCGCACUUCACUGCGGACGACGCCCUCGAGAUCGGCCUGUCGAUCCGCAAUCGGCUGCGGGCGCUCUCGUCCCUGGCGGCCGUGGUGUCCAUCGCGCUCGCGAGCUCCUCCAACCUCCUGUUCCACGCCGUGUCCCGCCCGGGCAUCCAGCCGGACAACGACAUCUGGGUGGCGCGCAAGAGGAAGACAGUCCUGCGGUGGGGCGUGAGCUCGUGGUUCAUGCAUAACAAGUUUAAAGGCGACGAGGAGGCCUUUGCCCGCAAGUACAUGCUGGGUGCGGAAGCGGGAAGCUAUGCCAUCCACGGCGGCGGUGUGCCGGUGCGCGUGGCGGGCGUGGAGGGGAUUGUCGCCGUCGUGGUCGUGAGCGGCCUCAAGCAGGAUCAGGACCACAUGGUUGUCAUCGAGGCCUUGGGGGAGUUUCUGGCCCAGUGCAGCAAGGAGGCCAAACCGGCAACAGAGGAAGCGAGAUGA